AUGGGGGGGGGGGGGGCAAGAACCCUUUCCUGGGCGUCGCCUACAUCACUGUGGGCUUCGUCUGCUUCUUCCUGGGGGUGGUCCUCAUCCACCACAAAUAUGGUAGCCGCAACCACAGCGCUGAUAUCCCUAACUAAAGAUGUCCUAUAGGUAUGUUGCAUGCUGGCUAGCAGAGGAUGCGGACAUAGCCAGUGGCUAAUUACAAGCUCUGGUGGUACGCUUGUGCCUGGCUUGUGUACUGUAUGUAAGAAUGGCCUGCUUGUCAAAAGUGCUGUGCAAGUAUUGGAUGAGUAGAUGUCGGAAAAGUUACGAUAAAGUGAAAGUUCUCUCGUAUUUAUUUUUCACGGUCAGGAAGUGAUGUAGUUAUGUACUGUAAGCAGUUUUGCUGUCAAGUCGUUAGUGACAGUAAGUUGAAUUAGAAUUCUCACGUCGAUGUAGCGUCAUUCAAUCACAGAUCAUUUUUAUUGCAGAAAUAUGUGCAUGUCAGUCAUGGAUGUUUACAUCUCUGAAUAAGUUAUUUAAAAGAACGUUUGCAUAUUGCCAAGCAAAUCUGAACAGUCUGUUAGGCUAGAAUUGCUUCAAGAAUCAAGUCUAUAGACUUUGUUUUCAUACAAGUAGGUUGUGUGUUACUGUACAGUAGUUUGAGGCACAUUUUUCUGGGGUUUUUACUCUGCAGAUGGGGGUCUAGCUUGUACAAGGAUGUGCACUCAUUUUCGGGGCAAGUGUUAUGGAUUGCUUGCGUUGUAUCUAUUUCUACUCUCAGUAUAUACAGUAAUGAUGUUUAGCUGCCUGGAAUGUGCAGAGCUUGAGUCAAGUUUGUCAUAUUACAAAACCUUGAAAAUGACUUUCUCAGGGACCAAAGCUUUAUUCAUGUACACCAGCCUGGGUGCCAGGCUCUUUGCUCUCUUGCCAACUCCCUAUGGAAUUGUCAUGCCAAACUUGCUUGGCAAUGGAGUAGGGAAGAGCACAAACGGAUCUGGGACCAGGCUACUGUUCAUGUUAGAACCUCCAUUUGUUUUCUUACUAAGACUGCAGCAAAUUGAAACAUGUUUUGCACUUUAGAGUUGCCAUGGAUUUAUUACCUGGAGAUUCUCUGUUGCUUCACAAAUAAAAUGUCUGAACUACUCAUUUUUAGUCACCUGCUUUUAUUUAGAAAUGUUUUGAGAUGUACCUUUUGUUGCGAAAUGGAAAAAGUGAAUAUGUAUACAAAUUUGUGAGAAUCUUAAGGCUUUUUUUAUAGCUCAGAAAUGGAGAGAAUGGUGGCUCAUGUUGGCUACUCUCCAAGUACCCACUCCUGACCAUUAUGUGGCAGCAUGCACAAGUGUUCGUGAUGCGUCAGUAAAUCCUUUCAAAGAAGAAAAUAGUGGAUGCGCAGUCUUCCGGUGUCCUUGUACGACCAUACGACGAUUGACGUGGAGCUAUGUACCGACACAUUCAAGCGCUCCAGCAGGUGUCGCGGCGGACACUGAGCACCAGUGCGCGCAGGCAGGUGGAGAACAAGGUCCCACAUAAACAGAAGCAUUUCCAGGAGGACAAUGGGAUUCCAAUUCAUUUGAAAGGGGGUGUCAGCGACGCCAUCCUGUACAGAGCAACAAUGGCACUCACCAUCCUAGGAUCUGCAUAUGUCGUAUAUGAACUGGUUUGUGCCGCUUUCCCCAAGAAGAAGGAGUGACUCCAGCUGCUGGGCUUACCUGUUCUACAUGACACCCUAUUAGUUGUAAAAAGUUGUCUCUGUGUCAUCGGGGUUGAUUUGGCAUGUCAUAAUGGCUUUUGUUUCAUGUUCAUGGGAUCAAUAUUUAUUUGUUUUUAAACUGAGAAUAUUAAAUAUGCCUCUCAUUA